GAGCUGCUCAGACAGUUUGGGGUAACGCGAGUAUUUUCAGCCCGAAAAUGGUCAAGUCGGGCAAACUUCGAUCCGGGACCGGGUCGAAACUCAAACGUUGGAAGAAAGGACACAGUAGCGACUCAAACCCGCAGACGAGUCGCUUCCGGCAGGCUGCUAAAAGCCGCUUCUUCAGCCGACCCACCGCAAAGAGUGAUCUAACGGUCGAUGCUCUUAAGCUGCACAAUGAGCUGCAGGCAGGACCGCUGGAGCUCAGUGCAGGCGGCCGUAAAGACGCCUGCAUGGAAGAGGAGCCCGAUGAGGCGUUUUCAGAGAGGACCUCGGGUACCUUCCUCAGCGGCCUGUCGGACUGCUCCAACCUGACCUUCAGAAAGGUGCAGCGUUACUGGGAGUCCAACUCUGCUGCUCAUAAAGAGAUCUGUGCAGUGUUGGCAGCUGUUACUGAGGUGAUCCGUGGUCAAGGAGGGAAGGAGACUGAAACAGAGUACUUUGCUGCUUUGAUGACCACCCUGGAGGUUGUUGAUUCAGCAGAGUCACAGGCUGCAGUGGCGUACCUCCUCAACCUUGUCAUGAAACGGGUUCCUGCUCCAGUGCUCAUGUCCAAGUUCUCGGACACCACCAAGGCUCUGAUGGACGUCAUGUCUAAACAGGCCACGUCUGAGACCGCCUCGGCUCUUAGAUGGAUCCUGUCCUGUCUGGCCACUUUGUUGAGGAAACAGGAUGCAUCUGUCUGGACUUACCCGUCUACUCUUCAGGCUUAUCACGGCCUUCUCAGCUUCACAGUGCACAGCAAGCCUAAGAUCCGUAAAGCAGCGCAGCAAGGGGUUUGCUCCAUUCUCAGAGGUAGUGACUUCCUGUUUAAAGAUAAUGCACCAGCCCAUCACCCUGCUGCUGUGACCACAGCCAAGUUCUGCAUCAAAGAAAUGGAGCAGGCCGGAGGGAGCAAAGAGGACACCACCACACUUCAUGUGCUGGGCCUCCUAAAGGAGUUGAUGGGGACGUUUCCUCUGGGAGCUGUCAAGUCCUGCUGCGAGACUCUGCUGCGAGUGAUGACACUCAGCCAUGUGCUGGUGACGGCGAGCGCCAUGCAGGCCUUUCACAGGCUGUUCAGCGGGAAGCCGAAUGCGUCCACCCUCUCACCAGAACUCAACGCACAGAUCAUCACGGCGCUUUAUGACUACCUGCCCAGUGAGAACGACCUGCAGCCUCUGCUGGCCUGGCUCGCUGUCAUGGAGAAAGCACACAUUCACUUAGCAAGUUUGCAGAGUUCUCUGAGUUUGGGUCACCUCCCUCGCCUUUUCUCUGCCACCAUGUCCUGUCUGUUGUCGCCUCACACUCAGGUGGUUUCCGCAGCUGCCAAUACGCUAAAGACAUUGUUGACUGAAUGUGUUGCCCCUUGCAUGGAGGAAAUGGGCAGAAUCACUGCCACAGCCUCUGCAGGGAACCCCUCAUAUGUCUGCAAAAUGUUUCGCGUUGUAGAAGAAGGGCUGUCGUAUCGCUUCCAUGCCUCCUGGCCGUUUGUGCUGCAGGUCCUGGGCUGCUUCUAUCGAGUUGCAGGGAAACAAGCUCACCCCAUCAUGACCAAGUCCCUGCAGUCUCUGGCAGACCUGCGCUCCACUCCUCACUUCCCCUUCAGUGGUGAGUUGGACCUGGCUGUAGGAGGAGCUGUGGAGAGCAUGGGGCCUGAAGUUGUGCUGGGUGCAGUGCCUCUCAACAUCACCGGUUACGAGGAUGACCUGGAGUUCCCACGCAGCUGGCUGGUCCCCGUCAUACGGGAUCAUGUGAAGAACACCAACCUUGGUUUCUUCACUUCUUAUUUCCUCCCUCUGGCCUCUACACUCAAGCAAAGAGCCGAAGAGUUGGAGCAAGCAGGACAGAAGCUUGAGGCCAAAGUCUACCAAACAUUACAGCUACAGAUUUGGACCAUGCUCCCUGGCUUCUGUACAUGUCCCGUGGACCUGCUGGCCUCUUUCAAAGGCAUCGCCCGGGUACUCGGCAUGGCUAUUAACGAACGUCCAGACCUGAGACUCACGGUGUGCCAGGCUCUACGCACCAUCAUCAACAAGAGCUCCACCGAGGAGGAGAAGACAGAAUUGGGACGCUUCUCCAAGAACUUCCUGCCCAUCUUCUUCAACGUGUACAGCCUGCAGCCUGCAGCUGGAGAGUCUGGUGCAUACAGGAUGGCUGUGUUAGACACCAUCAAGGUCUAUUUAAGUGUCACCGAAAGACAGAUGGUUUGUACAUUCCUGCAAAAAGCCACUGACAGACUCAUCAGCACAGAGACCACUGAGUUCACACGGCUAUCAAUGAUGGACCUUUUGGUUACCAUGGCUCCCUCUGUAGACGAGGCCACCAUGACUAAAACCUUUGAGCUGAUUAAGCCAUAUUUGGAGACCAAAGAGCCGGGCAUGCAGAAGAAGGCGUACCGCGUGCUGGAGGAGCUGUGCGGAGGAGAGAGUGAUGAGUGCAGGUCGUUUGUCGUGGCGAAUCUGGAAACGCUCAAAGCUGUCCUGCUGGAGACUCUGAAAAACGCCUCAUCGCCAGCAAAGAGGCCGAGACUGAAGUGUCUGAUCCACAUCGUGAAAAGGCUCAGUGAAGAACACAAAGACUUUAUCACCACACUGCUGCCAGAGGUGAUUAUAUGUACCAAGGAGGUGUCUGUUGGAGCUCGUAAGAACGCCUACACUUUGCUGGUGGAAAUAGGAAACGCAUUCAUCCGCUUCUGCGGCAACACAAAAGCUGCCAUGGAGGAGUAUCUGGUGUUGGUGUACGCAGGACUCACAGGCUCCGUCACCAUGAUCACCUGUACAGUGUUGGCGCUUACUAGACUCAUCUUUGAGUAUAAAGACAGCAUCGAGGCGAGCACCAGGGAGCCACUGCUGCACAAUGUUUGUCUCCUGCUGUCCUCUCGUACCAGAGAGGUAGUCAAGGCGGCUUUGGGCUUCAUCAAGGUCAUCCUCUUCAUCAUGGACCCCAAAACGCUGGCGUCACACGUCACCGUCAUGAUGGAGGGCGUCGGGAGCAUCAAAGACGACGUGAGGAGGCACUUCAGGACCAAACUGAAGAACAUCUUCACUAAGUUCAUCAGAAAGUUUGGUUUUGAGCUGGUGAAGAGCAUGCUGCCUGCAGAACACCACAAGGUGCUCGCAAACAUCCGCAAGGCUGAGGCUCGCACCAAGAGGCGGAAACAGGCCGCAGAGCAGCAGGACGACUCAGAGAGCGAAGAGGAGGCACCUAAAAUGAAGAGCACAAGUAUUGAGGACAUCCUUGCAGAGUCCGACAGUGAUUUGUCAGAGGAUGAAGGGAAGGCCGGUAAUGCUCAGAAGAAGGCAGGCAAACCGCAGAAAGGACGGGCCUGGCUCAAAGAAGGAGAGGAAGAUGACCCACUUAACUUCCUGGAUCCCAAGGUUUCCCAGAGAGUGCUAGCCACCAACCCGGCGCUGAAAAAGAGUGCCAGGGUUGAGCACGGCUUCAAGGUGACGUCAGACGGACGGCUGAUUAUCAGAGAGGACGAAGAGGAGAAUGUAAAAGACAAAGAUGAGGGAGAGAUGAAAGAUAUCCUAGAAGAGGCUGGAGUCAAGAGUAAAAAGACACAGAAAAGGAAGUUCCAAGAUGACAACUUUGAUGAGGACAUGGACAUUGAACCCCAGCUUAAGUAUAAAGCCGGGGGUUCGGGUAUCCACAGACCCCUUGGAGGAAAGGAAGACAUCGGGGCAGACUACAAGUCAAAGAAAGGAAAAGGAGAUGUGAAGAAAAAAGGAAAGCUUGAUCCUUACGCUUACAUCCCUCUGAAGAAGGCCCAGCUCAAUCGCAGGAAGCGUGCCAAACUGCACGGCCAGUUCAAGGGCAUGGUGAAAGGAGCCCAGAAGGGGGCGCUGUCUGGAAAGAAAAUGCAGAAGAGGAAGGGGAAAGCUUGAAGAACGUGAUAAUAUUUCAGAAUGGACUUGAAACAUGUGUGUUGGUGUGUUGAUAAACAUACUAAAAUGUAGACAUACACCUUGGAUGUGUGUGUAUGUCUGUGUAUUUCAGACAGACUCAUUGAAGGUGAAACCAGUUUGUUUUUAAACUGUUCCAUCCUUGUAAACUCUUUAAAUGCUCUGACUGGCGUUAGACAGCUCUAACGACAGUCAGUAGUCAGUGUGUGUGUGUUGUAUGUGCCGUACCUGCCUUGAUAGAUAUUGACAGACCAAAUGGAAAAUACAUUUACUGUCAAAAAAAGAUCAAUCAACUCUCCUUUCUGAUAAAUAUACAUGUGAACAUUGUCUAGAUGUGUAGACAGACAAUAAGAGAGGUUUGGGAAGUGUAAUGUAAUUUGUGGUCACUUGAGGGCGCUGUAGACUUCUGGCUUAUUAACAGUGCAUUAGUGCUUUCAUGAAUGCAUUUAAAGAUGAUUUAAAUACAGAUUUAAAGCUGCUCUGAAACGUAUAAAUCAAUGCUUUCCUCUUUGAUAGUUUUCCUCACAGAAGCCCACAGUUAUCUGCAGCCUGUGGUUAAGUGUGCCUUCAGUGCAGCUCCUUUUAAAGACACGGAGAGGGAAGCUGUAGGUUCUGGUUGUGCAGGGUGAGUUCACAUACCAUGAGCCUCAUGUGAUUCAUUUCCCUCAAUGGGUUGCAGAGAAAUGAGUCAUGUAGUGGCAGACUGACCUCCUAAUUGCACUGUUUUGUGACUGAGCUCAGUGUGUCAGGCAGUGUUUCGGAGGAGGGGGGGGCAGAUGUCCUGUGCUGAUUCAGGACAUUCUCAGACUGGGCAUCAUCAGAGCGUAGAUGUGUAUAUAUAAAGUGUCUUCAGAAGGUAUUCAGACCAUUUCACUUCCUACCCACCUCAUUGUGUUACAGAGUUGAAUUUAAAUUCACUUUUUUUUCCUACACAAAAUAUUACAGAAUGAAAAAGUGAAAAUUAGUUUUUAGAAAUUUGGUUUGAAUUCUGUCCUUAAGCUGCUGGAAGCACAAUGCAGGAUUUGUAUGCCAUAUGUUUAAAUUAAGAAAGAAGUGGUAAAAAGAUGUAUUUCAGAGCGCUGAUGUAUUCCAGAAAUGUGACUUUGAACAAAUCCAAAUGCAGUGAAUUUCGCAAUAACUUUGCAGGACACCUAUAUAAACGUCAUGGUUAGAUUAUUAGUGUCUUGACAGCAGCUGAAGUGUAAUUAGCUUAAUUCAGAACGUUGCUUUAAGAGAACCCCAUAACAACACCAAAUGCUGCCGCUUGCAAUAUCCAAUUAACUAAUAAAUAUGUCAUUAGGUCUCUGCGGCACUGACCCUGGCGUGUUUGUAAGGUGAUUCACAGUGUGACUGCAAAAAAAGUCUUAUUGAAAUAUAAUGCCACAUUUUUUUAACACUUUUAAUAACCAUAAAAGAAAUCACAGUCAGGCAGCACAUAAAAAAACCCAUUUUGUUUAUUGAAGACAGACA